AUGCUUGCGCCUCCUGUGAAUCUGCCCAAGUGGCUUGAAGAGAACUCUCAUCUUCUACAACCGCCCAUUAACAACUACUGCGUCUAUAAUGAAGAUUUCAGUGUCAUGGUUAAUUCACCUUCACUUGAUGGCUUGAAUGCAGCUAAUCAUGUCCAGAUCGUUGGUGGCCCUAACGCUCGUACUGACUACCACAUCAACCAAACCCCAGAAUGGUUCUACCAAUACAAAGGCGCAAUGAUGCUCAAAGUCGUCGACGAUGGUAAAUUCCGCGAUAUAGUCAUCCGUGAAGGCGACAUGUUUCUCCUUCCUGGCAACACCCCUCACAAUCCUGUCCGCUUCGCAAACACCGUUGGGGUAGUCCUCGAGCAGCGUCGUCCCAAGGAUUCACUCGAUCGAAUGCGCUGGUACUGUUCUGACUGCGGUGAGGUUGUUCAUGAGGCUGCAUUCCACUGUACAGACUUGGGAACCCAGAUCAAGGCGGCUGUGGAGGACUUUAAGGCUAGCGACGAAAAGAGGACUUGUUCCAAGUGUGGUACGCUUGCUGAUGUUGCGCCGAAGCCGGGGAGUAUUCAGGAUCCCAACUUGGGGUGA